AUGAAGCAGGAUACCGUCCCCCAGUACGAGAGCUUCGUCAACCCGAGUGACUUGCUCAAAUGGGUUGAGGAACAGCCCGAGGAAUCGUGGAUCUCCAUCGCGCAAAAUGUUUUUGACCACCUCCUCUCCCUGGCCGCUCAGCCAAAGGGAGUCUCGGGCAACUCAUGCGUGAAGCUCUGCGGAUUUGUAGAGCAAAGCUCAAAGUCCGACAAGCCAGCCCUGCGGCAAUGGGCCUUUUCCAAAGAGCCCAGCCUAGGUCUCUUCAACUUCUUCAUCAAGUGGAAUGAGACGGAGCAGCACCGGUCCAUGAAGCUGGUCCUGGACCUGCUUCCCUCGCUCAUUCGCCGCAACCCCGAUCAGGCCGUUUCUGACCUAGUCAAGACGACCAUCUUGGACACCCUCAUCUCCAUCAUUGGGCCGCAGUCCACCAAGCCUCUGGUCAAGUCGUCGCUCAAGGCCAUGGACUACUUUGCCGGCAAGUCCGUCUUCAGCGUCGAAGACAUCGCGGCGAGCUACAGGCGGACGCAGCCCGAGUGCAGCUGGGCGUCUGACAUUGCACUGUGGGAGGACUUUUUCGGUCAGAUGCUCGACUGGAUGACCAUGCACUACGUGUGUCCGACUACGGGCAAGUUCAUCGUGACAAUCUUCAGGGCGCUGAGACAGCAGUCUUUAAAGACACCGCAGGCUGCAGGCGCUGAACAGUUCAGCGUUGAAAUGUGGCUUCGCUGGGUGCAGGCUGCCAUUGCCAAGACGCCGUCUCUGCUUGAGGGUAUCAAGACGUAUGUUUUCCUUCCGUUAUUCAAGGAUGACCGCAAAGACUCGGUCCAGAUCCUGGAACAGAUCAACAGCAUGUGGUCUACCUCUGGCUCGGCCGUGGCUGAGCUAGACACUUUGGCCCAGCUGAAUCUCGCCGUGCUGGAGGUUGGCAAGAAGGUAGGCAUGGAAUCCUCUUCAGCAGUAGUCUUGGAAGAGGCCGUGCUUGAGAGGGUUCUGUCACAUCCUUCCCAUGAGCUCCGCUCGCUGGCGUUGUCCCUCAUAGUCGCCUCACCUUCAACGACGAGGCCCUAUUCACCAGUGGCCCUUCGCCUGCUGCAAGCCCAUCUCCCGACGUACUUUUCAGAGUCGGACGCAAAGUUCCGCAUGGAACUGCUGAGCAAGCUCAAAGAUAUGUUCAAGCGCAGCAGAGGCGCAAUCUUCAUCCUGCAUAAGAGUCUGGUCCGUCUCAAAGCCUUUGACGGCGCUGCCAACGGUGCGCCAAAGGCCCCUAAGGCGCCGCCGAAGCAAGCGAACCACCGCACCAACAUCUUGCUCUGGCCAGAGGAUAAGCUGCGAGUGAGUUUGGAGCAGCACGAAAGCUUUUUGGCGUGGUACAUUGCAUUUUUGCGGUCCGAGUUGAUCCCAACGGCUUCUUUCCAGCGGCACUUUACCGCGCUUAGGGCCGUUGCCUUCAUCCUCAAGCUCGAAGCCGAUGCUGGCAAGACAUGGGAGACGGAGGAGGACGAGGCCCUCUUCUUCAACCUAUUUGACGGGAAGUGGACGCGCGCGCUCCUCGACCUCAUUAUGGACCCAUUCGACGACGUUCGGGAGAACGGUACGUCUGUCCUCAAGAACCUGUUCGCCGACAAGCGCUUCAAGUGUCUCGUUGGCGCGCAGGGGGUCUCGUCAACACUGGAAGAGUUCUUGUCGAGAGCCGAGGAUAUUGCGCGGAGGACGGCGCGAGCUGAUCACGCUGAUGGCGUGGCUCGGACAAAUGAGCUUCUCUUUAGAUUCUACGACGGUAGGGAGGCGCAGAUUGCGCAUAUUUCAAAGUUGAUGGAUCUUCUUGAGGACAAGCUCGCCUUUGCAGAGGCCGAUCUGGGCAAUGCUGUUCUUGAGGCUCCGGUACAUGGUUACUUUGCUUCUCUCCGGUAUAUCUGGCAAGCUGCGGCUGACAUGAGCUUUUCGGCGUCCGAGAUGGAAGCAAUGGCUACUCUCCAGAACCGCAUUGUCAAGUGCUGUCAACGCAUCUGGGCUGCGGUCAGAGACAUUCUGUGCGACGACUCACCCGAGGGCCACUUGCCCCAGGAGCUGGAAGACCUCGAGGGUCUCGACACCAAGGACCUGCUGAGCUACAGCUUCCGCGCCAUCCACGAGUCCAGUGCUCUAAUGCGUGUCAUGGUCCUGCCUCUCAAGUCCAAGGCCAAGGAAGGAAUUCUGCGCCCCUCGACCGACCUCUUCACAACCGUCGGAUCCUUGACCUUUGAUCAGCUGUCGAGCCUCAGACACCGCGGCGCCUUCAACACUGUCUCGCUGUCGUUCGCAACCUGCUGCCAGCUGGUCAAGCACCUCGACGACCCUCAAGCAGGCCACGAGAACGGCGAGACCCUGCUCGACGUCUGGUACAGAGGAACCAAGGAGUGCAUCUUCUCCCAAGCGUCCACCACCCGCCGCUCCGCCGGUAUCCCCGCCAUGAUCACCGGCAUCGUCUCGGCCAACGCGCCGCAGCCCUCCUUCGACGUCGUCAUCGAGGAGCUCGUCGCCAUCGCCCGCAAGCCAGCCUUCAACUCCGAGUCGGACGGCUCCAAGCUGCCCCAGGUCCACGCCCUCAACUGCCUCAAGGACAUGUUCAAGAGCUCCUUCAUCACACAGCUCGGCAAGUCGGCGCCGCAUAUCCCGCAGUGCCUCGACCUCGCCGCUGGCAGCCUAAAGUCCGAGGUCUGGGGUAUUCGCAACUGCGGCCUCCUCUUCCUCCGCUCCCUCCUCGACAACCUCUUUGGCACAAACGAGAGUAAAGCCACCCUCGAGGCCGGUUGGGACGGCCGCACAACCCGCCUGCAGUACCAUAAGUUCCCGAUCUUACCCUCCGUGCUCUUGAACCUCCUCCGUUCCGGCCGCGAGGUCAUGAAACCCACGACGCUGGGAAGCACCAUCGCCGCCGAGUCCGUCUUCCCCGCCCUCGACAUCAUCCGCCGCGCCGGACCCCCCGACGCCUCGCGCGACGAGCUGUACGGUCUCGUCGCGGGCUACCUCGCCAGCCCCGUCUGGCACGUCCGGGAGAUGGCCGCCCGCGCUCUACUCCUGCGCCGCCGCCCUCGUCAACCUCGCAGAGGUCCUCGACCUAGUCCUGGCAGCAACCUCCCGCGAUGCCGAUGCCGAUGCUGA